AUGCCCUCCCUAAUCCUAUCCAGCCCAGCCGAUUUCCCCUCCGGCCCCGAUCCCGGCCCCGGCCUAGGCCCCUCAGCAACAGACAUAAUCACCUACAUCGGCGUCCCGCUCGCCGUCUUGGGCGUCCUGCCCAUCCUCUACAACACCGCGGUAACCCUCGCCGCCCGCUCCAAAAUCAAGCGCAUGCUCCGCCUCAGCCGUCUAACCGGCCUAACGCGCAGCGACAUCAUCAACCGGGUAAUUGAAGUCGACCUGCCCCGCUACGCGGUAAAGCCGUGGGACCGGUUCGUUGACAGAGACGAAUACUGGACUCUUCCCUCCCACCCGCCGUCGAGCAUACCGGGCGGAAGCUGGACGACGUUUAACUGGCGGACUAAUGUCAUUGGCUUGCAUACGCAGAGGGUUGAGUAUGCGGAUCAGCUACGGCAGCCGCAGGUUGAGGUGAACUUUGAUGAGCUGGUUGCGUAUUUACUUGAUUUGGGGGCGGUGCCGGAUGCGAGCGGGUGGAGGCUGUUGAGGGCGACGGGGCUUUGGACGCCGGUUAAUUAUGCGCUGAUGCAUGUUUUUUCGCCGGAUGGUACUGACAAAGAGAAGGUGUUGACUAUUGGGUCGCUGGAGGGGGCCGAUGGACAUUUGAGUUUGAGGGUUAGGUGGAAAAAGGAGUGGACAACGAGGGAUUGUAGGAAUUUGCCGCCUUAUUGGGUUAACUUGCCGGCGCCGCCGACGCCAGAUUCAGAUUCAUCACCGGAGGAAGAUACUUCUGGUAGCGACCGGAAGCCUUCUCUCGAGGAUGAUUCUGCUGCUGGCUCCAACCAUAAACCAGAACUCAGGGACAGCAAUGUUCAUGGUCACGGACCUAUAACCUGCCAAAUCUCCUCCGAAGGAAUUACCACCGCCCUAACCCACGAGGACCAAAUCCAAAGCACCAUCAACCUCGACGGUCUCCCCAUUGACCACCUCCGCAUCCGCCCUUCUUUUUCCUCUUCCUACCCACCCCAAUCUUCCCCGUCCUCCUCCUCCUCAUCAGAAAGCCCGGGCACCUGGUUCGCCUCAGCCUCCACGGCCCUCGGCACAACCUCGCAAACCAUCCUCUGGAGCUAUCGCAUCCCAGACUCCAUCCUCUCUUUUUGCCGGCGCGAAACCGUCCCCUGCGGUGUUUUGGUUUUGCUGGGUGUAGUCGAUGAGUCGGUUACGCCCGAUUGGUCCAGCACCAAGCAUCAUGAUGAUCUGGAUGUGGUGAAAAAUCUGGAGCAGUUUGCUCGCCGAACGAGGGAGCAGAGGGAGGCGAUGAUGCAAGAACAGAAAAUGCCUGCGGGGCCGGAGAAGGAUAAGAAGGUUAGGGAGAGGUUGGCGAGGGAGGGGCGGGAGCGGGUGGAUGAUAUGCGCGAAAAAUUCCGUCUCGAAACCCAACGUAAAGAGACUCGACUAAUGGAAGCGUUCCAGUCCCCAAAAUGGUCUGCUGACCUAGUAGCUGAGUAUUUUCUUGUCUGGCUCAAGAGUAACAACGGUAGAUCAGCGUUCAAGUCCAUCCCCGUGGAUCAAUCCCAAGGCCUUAAGGACGUUGCGGGGAUGAUUUUGCACAAGACGGUACUAGACGUCCAGUUUGCCUCGGCCGUGUUCGCAAAGCUCAGCUUAUGGAAGGCGUGGGCGGAUAAUGGCGGGAUGCGAAGGUCGGAUAUGGAGGCGUUGCAAGGUGAUAAUGCGGAGGAUGGUCGGGUUCAGUUAUUUGCGUUUGCGUAUGCGGCGGUGUUGGUGGCGCUCAUCAAGGGAGCAUCGAUGGUAGAUGUUGGCCUUGAGGGGGGGACGUUGUCGAUGGAUUUGCAGGAGUGUUUGAGGUUGUGGAGGGUUGUUAGGUUGGGUUGA